UCGUGUUGGAGGCGGACCGCAGCUGCCGAGGAGGUCCGUCCGGGCAGCCGCCAGGCCAUGGGGGGACACCUGCCGAGGAGCGGCGCCGCGCGCGGCAGCAAGUGCGCGCCGCCGUGCGGGCCAGAGGCGGCGUGCAGACAUUUCCCCAACAGCACGUCGCUGUGCGUGUGCGUGCACGACGCCUCGCCGGCCGUACAGGGUCGCAAGUGUCCGCGUGUCGCAAUUCCCGUGUCGCUGCGGUCAAUUCCAGUGAUAGUGCCGACCAAUGGGACAAACGGAUCGCUGUGGCGCACAUCUCUCCAACAGGCGCCGGGCCAGCUGCCCCCCAAGCCCACAGCGCCAUCGUGGUCUGCUGGCACGCUGCAGACGGCGGCGGCCGUGUCGCUGCUUCUGGUGGCGCUGCUGCUCAGCACAGCCGUCACCUGCAUCUGGCGGCGCCUGCUCGCGGUGCGGUCCGCUGCUGUGCCUAGCGCUGCCCCGCAACAUUUCACGUUGUCAGACGGCGAGGACGGGCUGAGCGGACCAGAGGAGUGCCUGCUGGAGGUGGAGCGCGACACGGCGCACGACGCCAGCCGGCGGCCACGCCCACCAGCCCCCGCUCCCUCGUGACGACAUCCGCUUCCUGCACCAGUCGGGCGCCGGCUGCUGUACACAGAAUUCCAUGUCAGCGAACAACUGUGUUUGACAUGAACGAGCCAUCUUCUAAUAGCAUGACUGGAUCCUGCUCUAUGUUCUUUGAUGACACAUCAGAGUUUGAUGGGUGAUGGCAGUUGCAGUUUUGGAGUCUGGUGCUAUGUGACCACCUAAACUUUUUACUGUCCACAAGGACCGUAAGGAUAACUUUUACUUUCCUGCAGCAACCUUUAUACACCAAAGUAGUAAUCAGUGAGGCUAGUGACAACCAUUGCCUGCAAUUAUUUUUAUUCACUUCCAAUUCAAAUGCUCCUGUGUUAUGCCAGUUCUGUAAAAUUUGAAACAUUCUGUGUAUGAAGGCCUUGGGCUUUAAUGCGAUGGAUGUGUAAUGUGUGUCUCCCAUGUUCUGCCUACAGUCAGAGAUGCUCUGGCACCUCACAUGGAACAUAGAUGCUAUACAAGUAACAGAAAUAGGAACUACAUACAGACAAUGUAACAAUUUGUACAUAACAGCAGUUGCUGGCAGAUGGGAUACUGACACCAUAACAUUCAACUAAAAAGAAACAGUGAACCAGAUGCAGACUUUUAGUGAAAGCUUAUGUUAGUAUGGAAAGUAUUACUGAUGCAUAAAACUACAUUAUUCUAUGAAAAAUGUGAAAAUAUUUACAUACACCAAAACUACUUACUCUCGUACAAUAAUAAGAGUGCUGUCCUUAUAUGCUACUGAAAAUGGAAAUGAGAUGGAACGAUGCCCAAAAUUUUUUUCCUUCAUUAUUUCACUUCUUCAAAUCUGCAGAGUGAUUAGCAUAGGCAGCAGCAUGCUUCUGUUGUCGAAGAAACACUGUCUAGCUAAAAUGUCAACUAUUAUCUGGUGAUGACUUACAAUAACAGAAGUUAAUAAUGCGUUGAAAAUAUGGUAGAGGAUUGUCAAAGUAUGUGUUACAUAUUUGUUCAGUCAUGACCAAUCAAUCUGUGACAGAAUAGUUUUGUAAGUUUAAAAUUACUGUAACUGUUAUUUUAUACACAUAAAUCUAUGUGAAAUAUAUUGUUUGAAAGAGUUAAAUAUCUUUGUUUCAUUUUAAAACGGUUUAAUGGUGGUGAUCUUGUUUUCUUAAAAAACAGAUAAUCAUGAAAAUGAUUUGACAACUGAAAAUUGAUGAAUGCAGUAUUAAUAUCUUAAAUAAAAGAUAAAUCUAGUGAGAGAACAUCAAAAGGGAGGGA